AUGACGAUGCAACAAAAGGAACAAAAUGCAUUAAGGGAAGAACUGGCUACGAUGAAAGCUGACCGACAGAACCAACAGAUACUCACAUCGAAAGGGGCAAGUUUGAUCGAAGUCGAAGAAAACAAGCCGUGUUUGGAGCCAAAACUUACCAACAACGAACGAACAGGAAGAACCAGGUGUGCGGAUCCACCUACCUUCAGUGGAGAACGAGGAGAAUUGGACAACUUCCUUGCAGCAUGUCACAUGAACUUCGAAUUCAAAGGGGCAGAGUACGCCACCGAUCGCAGAAAGAUCCUGUUCAUGUACGGGUAUCUUCGAGGCACCCCUCAAAUGCUUAUAACCCCGGCCAUAACCAAUCCAAUGGUAGUGGUAAAUAACACCGAUCCUCGAACCAAAUCGGACUGGAUCUAUUUCAAACAACAUGUGAUAGGGACUGAGGAGAACCAACGGAUGGCUGAAACGAUGAUUGCGGCGAAUCGAUGGGCUGCUAGACGCAAAAAUGAGACGACCUGGCUUCCCCCUCGAUCGAAUUCGAUGCGAUUGGAUACUAGUCCGCCCAACCCGGUAGAACGCCACUCACAAUCGACUGGUAGAGGACCCUUGCCUGGUGGAAAACCAGGGAUGAUGAAUUAUGGUCUACCAAAUGACCCUCCGGUCACUUGGACAGAGGACGGAGGACGUCUCAGCGAGAACGAAAUGACUUGGAGGAGGGAGAACCGACGUUGUCUCAAAUGUAGAAGUCCAGAACAUUAUGCCAACAACUGUCCGAAUGGAGGAAACACGAGAAACAGUAUUAGGGGAUCCCCAAAUCCGCAUAACUCACCGAUUCCUAGUGGAUCGAACUCGAUCACAACUGGAUCCAAAGGGCCAUUAGUUCGAGGAAUGGCGGUGACCUUUGAAGAAGAGGGAAACGACUACCUGGCCUAA